AUGCGUUCAAUCAGAUUGUGCCUUGCGCCGUUGAACUUUCUCAUCGCUAUCACAACUCCGGUGGAUUAUUGUUUCCUGCCGGUCAUGAAACGUGGGUACAUUAACAUGGCUUUCGCAGUAUGGAGCUUUCAUUUGGCUGCAAAAUCAAUCGAGUGGGGCAUGACUGGCGGAUACUGGGAAGGGAAGUAUUGGACCAGAUCUGUCUCAAAGUCUUCUUCUACUUCAACGACGCAAAUUCAGAAUGCAGCACCCAUGAAGACUGAUUGGAGCGAGAUUGCUGGAUGGACCACCGAGCAAUUUUUCUGUCUUCGGGGCCUUCAGUAUGGCUGGGGCCAACAGAUCAGGGUUGAAAGUCCACGCCUGCCUGCGGUGAUUCGAAGAAUAUUUCUUAUGAAUCUGCUCAACACGUCUUCACUUGCUUUCCUCCUCUUGGUUCGCGAUCAAAAAUCGCCCGCCCGGGCUCUGGAGGCCAUCGGAAUCCCCAAAUUCGGAAUAAACGACUUUCUGGCAGAAUCACUGACAACCCUAGCUUUUGGUUUUCUCUUAAUCUCGGGAACCGAUUUAUCUAUCUCUCAAAUGAAUGUACAAUGUCAUCUGGUUCAUUGGUUGGGAAAACGUGUUUGGAUUCCAGAAUGGAUAUUGAGAUCUACUGAUCCAACCCUAGCUCAUCCUGCCUUCGACUCACCUCAUUCCGCGACUUCUCUUAGUUGGUUUUGGGGAAAAGGUUGGCACCAAAUGUUCAGAAGAGAUUUUUUAAUGUGUGGUGGGUACCCUGCAAGUACAAUAGCCAGAAAGCUGGGAGGUGGGUUGACGGCUCAAAAGAUUUGUGGACUGUUUGGGAGUUUUUUUGUUAGUGCCGUGUUGCACGAGUAUGUGGUACAUCACUUUGCUCCUAAAUCACACCCAUCCCCACAUGUUUACUUCCAGGAAUUCCCAGCAUCUUUCGCAUAUUUCUUGAUCCAACCUGUUGGCAUACUUCUAGAGCCUUACAUCAUCCCAUUGAUACCUCGUAAGAUGGGAGGAGGAUGGCUAUGGGUAUUGGUUUUCACGCUAUUGACUGCAACACCCUUUAGAAAACAGUGGAUUCGUGACUUUAGACUACUAGAUAAUGUAUUUAAGCCACUCGAAGAUUGGAAUAUGUGGACUUUCCUCAUUCCUGGAUUGACUUAUGACCUCCGAUUCUAA